UAUAAAGACAGAAAGUCAAUUUGUUUGAUUUUGUGGUAAACUCUGCAGGCAGCCACAUUGGAUUUGAUUUGGUAUGGCCUAAAAGCUGGAAGCUUUACUUGAAUAUGAAUUGAUAUGAGUAUUUUGAGCAUAAUUUUAGGAAGAAUUAAAUGUACCAAAUAUAUAGUCCCUGCAGAGUUGCAAUGAAAUUUCAAUAUUCUAAUGCUUAUUAGUUUAAUGUUUAUGCCAGAAUAUUUAUUACCGAAAAAACGAGGUGUAGCCAUUGCUGCCAUAAUUGUGGCAGUAAUUGCUGGAGUGCUGAUAGUGGGUGGUGGUGCAUAUUUUGGAUAUUACCGAAAGAACAAGGUGGAUGCAAAAUUGCCCUUAGCAACAUCUGAUGAUCAGUCUUCUCAGACUUGGCGCUAUAAGCCUGAAGAAUCAAAUGGUGCUGGUCGAGGCCCAACAGGCAUUUCCGUGGACAAAUCAGUGGAGUUCUCAUACGAAGAACUUUCCAGGGCGACUGAUAACUUCAGUCUGGCUAAUAAGAUUGGACAAGGAGGUUUCGGAGCUGUUUACUAUGCAGAGCUGAGAGCCGAGAAAGCUGCAAUCAAGAAGAUGGAUAUGCGAGCCUCAAAAGAAUUUCUUGCCGAAUUAAAUGUUUUGACUCGUGUACAUCAUUUGAAUCUGGUGCGCUUGAUUGGUUAUUGCGUUGAGGGCUCUCUUUUCCUAGUCUAUGAAUACAUUGAGAGUGGAAACUUAAGCCAACAUCUACGUGGUUCAGGGAGGGACCCACUACCGUGGUCUAAUAGAGUGCAGAUUGCCCUAGAUUCAGCAAGAGGUCUUGAAUACAUUCAUGAGUAUACUGUUCCUGCUUAUAUCCACCGGGAUAUAAAAUCAGCCAAUAUACUGAUAGACAAGAAUUUCCAUGCCAAGGUUGCAGAUUUUGGAUUAGCUAAACUGACUGAGGUUGGAAGUGCAUCACUCCCCACACGUCUUGUGGGAACAUUUGGAUACUUGUCGCCGGAAUAUGCUCAGUAUGGCAAAGUUUCUCCCAAAGUAGAUGUUUAUGCGUUUGGAGUUGUCAUUUACGAAUUGAUCUCCGCUAAGGAAGCUGUUGUGAGGGCAGAUAGUUCUGGCUCUGAAUCAAGAGGCCUUGUUGGUUUGUUUGAGGAGGUUCUUAAUCAACCCGAUCCUAAAGAAGACCUCCGGAAAUUGGUUGACCCUGGUCUUGGAGACAACUAUCCACUUGACUCAGUGCGCAAGAUGGCCUAACUUGCCAAAGCAUGCACGCAUGAGAAUAAAGACAUGCGUCCAAGUAUGGGAUCUAUCGUGGUUGCGCUGAUGACGCUCUGGUCAAUAUGAUGUCGGAAAGGUAGAAAUCUAGAAGUGCAAUGUUGCUUGUGUUUAGGAUUAGGAAAAUUCUUUUGUUGUGAACACACCGAAUAUGAGAUAUCAAAGACAUUGUACAUGCAUAUAUAAUUGAGCAUUGUG